CCGCCUCUGUACUCACCAGAUUUGGCCCUCCUCAGACACCGUACUUGUAGUCCGGAAACACAGCGAGCAGGAGAAAAUGAAAGGCGUUUCGUGAAUAAAUAGACAUGGCGCAUGGCACAGACUUUACCUCAACUUCCAUGAAUUGCUGCCUUUAACACUACAUUACACCUGAGCAGAAGAGCCUCCAUCCAGCCGUAAUGAAUCCAGAGGAGCCAGAGAAGGAGGUGGACAUGUGGUCCUCCCUCCGCUGCCUGGGCUACCUGUCCAGUCUAAACUUGCUGGUGGCAGUAUGUCUGGGGAUGUAUGUGAGGUGGGAACAGACAUCUGAGCCCACCAUCUUGGUCAUCUUCAUCUUGGGUCUGUUUGUUUUGGGCAUUUCCAGCAUCCUGUAUUACUACUUCUCCAUGGAAUGGGCCAGUCUCAGCCUAUUUCACCUGUGGUUUGGAUUCCUGCAGGGCCUCUUGUGCUUCGUCACCAACCACUCUCUGGAGAUGAACGUGAAGGAACAGGUCACAAACUACCUAUUGAUCGCUAGCGUGGCAGUGCGGUCAUUGUGGGCCCUGGCGGAGCGCCUGUGUGGCAGUGCCAGCUACCGGAGAGUUGUGCUCACCUCAGCUGAGCAGCUUGAGCUGCUGGGAUUUGGCAUUGCCUGCACCGCUAUGGAUCUCCACAAGGCAGUAGCAGUCAUCGCCCUGCUGGUGGCCUUAGCGGCCAUCAUCGUAGACCUACGCAUGAAGUCCCUCCUAGCCCUUCCCAACUUGAUCGGCUUUUCCGUGGUGGCCUCCAUCACCUUCUUCCAGGCUCUAGAUGUCCAGACUAACCCCUUCGCCUUGGGCUGCUACCUGGGACGCCUCAUUUGUGAGCCCCUCCUGGACGUCUACUUCAGCGGGUUGUCUGUGACUGAGCGCUGGAUGCCUUUUAUGUCGACUGGUCGACUGUGGAGGAAACUCACUCUCCUCCCGCUGAGUGCUCUGGAGCUGAUGUUUUUUGUGCUUAGUGCCCAGAAGCUGAGUGACCUCAAGUUCUGGUACCUGGUCAUCCCCGGCUUCUGUGUGUUUGGCCUCUUUUGGAUGCUGUGUCACGUGGUGUUUCUAGUCACGCUGUGGAGCUUCCACACCAAGCUGAGCGAGUGUCAGAAGGUUCGAGCUACCCAGCGCUCAGACACACGCAGCCUGGACAGGGUCAUGGCCUCCAGGGGGAUGCGCCAUUUCUGCCUCAUCUCUGAACGGCUGGUGUUCUUCAGUCUGGUCUCAACUGCUAUACUAGGGGCUGUCUCCUGGCAGACAUUUAAUGCUCUCUUCAUGAGCUUGUUCCUGGUGGUGUUACCUUUGGAGUCUCUGGCACACGGACUCUUUCAUGAGCUCGGGAACUGCCUGGGAGGGACCUGUGUGGGCUACGCAGUGGUCAUUCCUACCACUUACUGCAGUGCUGAUGGGCAGCCAGUGCUGCUUCCCCCAGAGCAGGUCCAGGAGAUGAACUUGCGCUCGACAGCCACACUGAACGCCGUGCAGAGACUCUUCUCGCACCACCUCAUCCAGACAUUCGGCUGCGACUACUCCACCAGCGGCCUGAGUCUGGAAGCAUUGCAGGCCAAGCUGCGCUCCUUCCUCGAACUGCGCACCGCCGACGGCCCACGCCAUGACACCUACCUCAUCUACUACAGUGGACACACACUGCCCACUGGAGACUGGGCCCUCAUAGGUGGGGAUUGUCUGCGUCUGGAGCAGCUCAUUGAUUUGUGGAGAGAACGGAACGUUGGCUUCUCCUCUCGACUCAUCUUGAUUCUGGAUACGAACCACUCAGUGCCUUGGGUAAAGGCAGCGAGGAGGGUGGAGGGCCUGUAUGUAGCAGUUCAGGGAGCAGAGAUGAGUCCAGUGGGAGAUGCCGAGAGCCAAGACGGGCCUCGUCUAGGAGAUUUCACCUCCGAGUGGGUGGAGUAUAACUGCGAUCCCGACAGCAGCGUGCAGUGGUCAGAGAGAGGUCGGCUUAUCGCUGCUACGUACGGCGUGUCUAAGUGCUGGAGUGACUACAGGCUCCACCUGCCCACUGGCAACGACGUAGAAAAGCACUGGAAAACCCAUUUCCCCAGGGCCACCUUCCCGCUGGUGGCUGUUGCCAACUGGUGCUGUGGGCUGAACUUGCUGUGGCUGUGCGGAGCCUGCCUACGCUGCUUCAGGAGAUUCAAACUGGCCUGGUUUCCUCCCACCAUCCUGGACACAGGACAGGGAAUCAAACUGGUGCGAUCGUAGACACAAGCAAAGACUUAAAUGCUGUAAUAUGCUGUAUUUUUUUAUUAGCAUACCGUAUUUUUCGCACUAUAAGGCACACUAUGUUUAUUUAAAUGUUUAUUUUCUUGUCUAUUUUCAUACACAACAUGCACCAGAUUAUAGGGCACAUUAUUUUUUAAGUCAACCAAGUGUUUGAUGUUAAUCUACACAGAUUUUUCAGAUUUUUCAUUUGGGAGAGUGAAGCGCUUCUGUUUAUCUACAGUAAGCUUAGAUUUCCAGAUUUCCACUUAGGCUAGCCAGACAGACCUACACUGAGGAACCCUGAGUGCUCUGGUAACCCCAUGGCAAUAUUAGCUAGCGGAUCGUCCGACGUAGCUUGUUUUAACACAGUAAACGGGAAGGCUACAGUCCGAUAUACUCACCUCCGAAUGACGAAAGAGCUAACUAGCACUUAGCACGGUUAGCAGAUAAUGCUAAUGAUGCUCCAGCAGUGCUAGCCGAGGUUAGAAGCAGGCUACAGGCCAAUAAUACUCUUUUCUAAGCAGCAAAAGAGCUAGCGCGGUUAGCAGCUAAUGCUAAUACUUCUCUAAUACUGCUCCAGUCUCGGGUCUCUGUGCUGGAGAACUAAACUAUAGAACUAAAACUAUAAUGCUGCACUUUAGCGGAGUGGCUUUACUGCUCCCUACAACCUGACUGGUAAAAUGAAUACAUAAAGCACACCAGAUUAUAAGACGCACUGACGAUUUUUAGGAAAAUCAAAGGAUUUGAGGUGCGCCCUAUUGUGCGAAAAAUACGGUAUAUGCCUUACUUUCUGUGCCUUCUCCUAUUUUUUGGUGGUUUAAGUGCUCAUCAUUUAGCUGUGCCUUUGGGUUCUUAGAAGUUGGAGCCUCAGUGGAGAGCCAUGAAUUCUGAAGGUCACUGUGAUCUUCAUGGCCAAAUUCUGCCGUCUCUGCAUAGCCAAGUAAUCCACUGUGGCUUUUUUACACAGUAAGUCAACUUAUUAGACAAAUUCUGGGCCUUUGCUAAUGGCUGCCUAUGUUCACUGUUGCCAUGGCCAAUAUUUUGCAAUAUUUGGGAUUUUUAGGUACUAAUUGUUUUUGUCAUGCAUUGUCAUCUUGUAUCCCAAUUUUUUUUUUACUUUUUUUGACAUAAUUUGAAACUGACAGAUCUUCUUUAAAUCAUAUCAUAAAUUUAAUAAUUAAUAGUUCAAUAGAAAUGCACCAAAAUUACUUGGAAUAAAAUAUUUACAUUGACUUUUUAUUUCCCUUUUUUUCUGUAAAGUUAUAAUUCGAUGUGUUUGCAUUAAGACAACGAUAUACUAAAGAUCAUAGAUCUUAUGCUCGAGUUUAGCAACCGAUUACUGUGAAAAGUAAACAUUAUGUCCUCUAUGCAAUAUAUGUUUAUAUACAGCCUUGGAAAAAAUGAAAGAGACCACUUUAGUGGUCACUUUCUGAAUCAGCUUGUCUGAUUUUGCUAUUUAUAGGUAUAUGUUAAAUUAUAUAUGUUAAUAAUAGGUAUAUGUUGUUUUAUUCUUCAAACUAUGAACAAUAACAAAAAAGAUGCAGAUUUCAAAAGAUUUCAGACCUCAAAUAAUGCAAAGAAAACAAGUUUACAUUAUAAAGAGUUCAGAAAUCAAUAUUUGGUGGAAUAACCCUGGUUUUUAAUCACAGUUUUCAUGCAUCUUGGCAUGUUCUCCUCCACCAGUCUUACACACUGCUUUUGGAGUGUGUUUUUUUUGCCUUUACUGGUGCAAAAAUUCAAGCAGUUUAGUUUAGUUCAUUUGCAUUAGUCAUUACACAUGCAUGGCAUUAAAUGUUUCCACUUCUUGGGAACAAAAUACACUGACAUGCCAAAAGUCAUGGGAUAGAAGUAUGUAAAUUGGUUCAUGGAGUGUUACCGCUGGAGACAGCUUUGGAGCGCCCACACCUGUAUGAGUUGUGAGGUGCUCUCUUGUGAGUGAGGUUAAACACUGGCUAGCAUGGCUUUCUUAAAAUGCAAUGCAAUACAAGUUAUUAUAUUAUUAUCAAUAGUAGUAGUAGUAGUUUUUGAGUGAGGGCUGAUUUUUAGAAAUUGUGGACAGUGCAGUGGGUGGUAAUGAUUGUGACCAGCAGUGUCUGGCUAGAAUUACAGUCCAUGUGAAAAGACAAUCAACAUUGCAGCGUUAUUUAAAUGGUACAAGUUCCUGUCCCAUGACUAAUGGUAUGUUGGUGGAAUUUGUUAUGUUUAUAUUAAACCUUUUAUUGAAAUUUGGAUCUACAAAUAAAACAUGUUCAUUGAGUCUAAUGUUAACCAUCAGUCCUAGUGAUGCCAAUAUCAUCAUAUCUAUGUCAAAAGGUAGUCAGUCUCCUCAGCGCCUGGCUUUAAGUGCCCGAGGCUAUAUGUGUGUUCAUUUGACUGUAUAAAGAGGUAAAGUGGCAAUUUAUUGAGUUCCAAGUGCCUUGUUUCGUAUGAAGGGUAGGUGACUGAAAAUGAUCAUUUAUGAGGCCUAUUUCUGCCUCGGGGAUGACACACAUUUAGCAAAACAGUAGCUGCCACAGAGAUGUGAUUGGUUCGUGGUGUGCAGUGAGUAGAGGAGGCCAGCACAGGCUGACCCUCUGUUCCUCUGGAGGAUACCGCAUGAGUGAGUGCACUUUAGCACUGGGUACAGGCCAUCUCUCUGGGACAGUGCCGUUACAUAAGAAGUGUUUUUCUUUUCUUUUUUUUCUUUUAUUUUACAGAAAUAGACAAGCUUUGUACAGGUUGUGGCACGUUGUCGAACUUAUUCAUCCUUGUUUGACCUGAAUAAAUGUUUUAUUCAAGUCGU